AUUCCACGAUAACAUUAUGAAUGGGCGGGACAGAAAUGCACGGAGCUACGCGGUAAAUGCUGAUAGAGGCUUUUCAUACAUAAACAAACACACAGAGAGGGAAAACUACGUCAUAAAAGACCUAACGUCGUCACUCAAACACUGCUGCACCUCCCUGUAAUCCGACUCCCCUACCCCUGAAAGAAUAUCCCCUUCACACGAACACAGAAAGCGGGAAGCGAAUGCCCAGCUGGAGGCGUAAGUGCGAGCGAGCCGAGCAUGUCUCAUCUAGCACCAGCAGCCCGCGUCAGUCAGCCAGCAGCCUCUGUGGUGUGAGGGCACGUGCCGCCUCUCGCCUAACACGUAUUUCCCUCCCACACUGACCACCUCUGAUCCUCGCUUUCUUAUGAGCAUCAGCCACUCCCCGCCGUGCACUGCGUCCCCCCGCGUGAGCUACAGCGGCGGUUCCGGCCCGAGGUGGCGAGACAGGCGACGGUGAAUUUUUGAGGUGCCCCGGGCGCUGCGUCCCCUCUGCCGCCCUUCUGCUGCGCUCCCCUCACUGGCGCCCACUCACACCGUCACGGCCGCCUCCCCGCCGCCACCCUGACCUGACCCAGCCCCCCACGCCCGCACACCGCCACAGCACACAGACAGACACAGCCACUCACGCCUUUAGGAACGCAGAGCCCCUUGGUUACCCUGCCAGGCCAGCCACAACAGAGAGCGCCCCCCCCUCCCACCCAGCGACCCCAACAGCUGAUUCACGUGACGCUCCCCUCCCCGCCCCCCGCCUCCCCUCCUCCUGCCAUCCUGCGGCCACUCUCCCACCCACACCGAGCUGCCCCCCCUUCACCAGGCCACCACGCCCCCCACCCCCACGCUGCUGCCCCCCUCGCCGCCCACGUGCCGCCCAGCCGCCCACCUGUUGAGUUCGGAGAGCCGGCGGCAGCGGUGGAGGUGGAGUCAAGCCGCUGUUGCCGACCGUCGCUGCGACGCAUGUGUGGCCGGCAAUGUCCCGUGCGAGGCGGCGCACCUGCCAGACAUGCUGACGAGUAUCGACUCGGGCACAAGUGGGAGCUGUGACCUGCCGGAGGAGUCCCUCAGCGACCACUACGACAUCCUCAACAUCCUCAGCUAUGGCAGGAUGGGCAAGAUCUACCUGGCUGCCGAGAGGGUGAUGGGGGCGGAGGUGGCGCUGAAGGCAGUGUGUCGGGACAUGUGCCGGCGGAGGGACAUCCAGCGGGAGUACCACUAUGCCUCUCACCUUGACCACCCUAACCUGGAGGCUGCUACCGGCAGGCUCUUCCAGACGGACCUCUACUUCGUGUACCCCAUGGAGUAUGCUCACUAUGGGGACCUGGCCUCAUACCUCAGCUCUCGGACCAUUGAGGAGGUGCCAACACGAUGGGUGGCGGAGCAGGUGGCCAGCGCUCUAACUUAUCUCCAUGGCUUCCAACUGGUUCAUGGGAAUGUCAUGCCUGCCAACAUCCUCAUCUUCAGACCCAACCUUUCCCUCGUCAAGCUCACCGACUUUGGCUCAACCUGCCGCAGCGGAACCUUCGUGCGCCGUCAUGUCUUCAGCGGUCCCUACACCCCCCCUGAGCUGUGCCGGACUGAGGGCGUUGAGGGUUUCUACACCGGCACCUCCCUUGACUCCUGGGCCCUCGGCGUGCUCAUCAUCAACUGUCUCACCGGCAACAAGCCCUGGAGCACCAGUGAUGUCAGUGACCCGGAGUAUGCCGCCUUCAGGAGCUGGCAGAGGGCAAAGUCUAUUCGAGUGCCCAGACCAUUCAAGAGGUUCACUGUCCGCCUGCUUCGUCUGGUUCGCCGCCUGCUAGAGCCUCGGGGUUGGUCACGCUACCCAGCAAAGGAAGUCUACAAAUACCUCGAGGAUGACUGGCUGAUCAAGUCUCGUGACAGAAGCGACAGUCAUGACUUUGACUCGUCACUUGUUCCUCUUCAAAGCUCCCUCCUGCAAGGAAGGAGCACAAGUAUGCCCAAAGAUCCUCCACACCAGAAGCAGCAGUCUGAGGACCCUGAGAAACAGCCUCCAGAGAGAGUUUCCAGUCCACGAAGGUUCUUUGCUGAGCUGCUGCGCUUCAGUUCCCCCACCAUGUCCACAAGGCACCACCGCAAGUCUCAUGCUUGGCACCAUUCCUCCUCCUCCUCCUCUUCAUCUUCAUCCUUCACUUGGCUCAAUUCCUCAUCAUCAAAUUCUUCCUUCAGUACCUCCACCAACUACUCCUCUGUGUAGUGGAGGAACAUGACGCCAGUCACUGUGGCUGGAUGAAGCCGAGUGUGGACACCCAACGAGUGUCUGAGUUUUACCUUCUUGACUUCACAAAGCGGACGACAGUCAGACUUUCUUUUAUUGGGAUGACGCUGAUAUGGGACCAGCUAGGAAGAAGCUCUUAUUGUUUUAGUGUAUGAUUGCUUUUAACUGUUACAAUACUAUGAAGGAAUAUGAAAGGAUUGUAAGAAACACACACACACACACACACACACACACACACACACACAAAUAAAACGUGUUCUAAAGUUUAUGAAACAGGAAUGAAAUCAGGAAUCCCAUUAGGGUUUAUUU